ACAACCCCCAAAGCAGUCCCAAUAAAUACGCUCCAAACAAGCCUAAAAACGGACUUACCAACCCCAAUAACUACCCCUAAAACAGCCCAAAUAACUACCCCUAAAACAGCCCAAAUAACUACCCCUAAAACAGCCCAAAUAACUACCCCUAAAACAGCCCAAAUAACUACCCCUAAAACAGCCCAAAUAACUACCCCUAAAACAGCCCAAAUAAUUACCCCUAAAACAGCCCAAAUAACUACCCCUAAAACAGCCCAAAUAACUACCCCUAAAACAACCCCAAUAACUACCCCGAAAGCAACCCCAAUAACUACCCCGAAAGCAAUCUCAAAAACUACCCCUAAAGCAACCCCAAUAACUAUCCCUAAAACAACUCCAAUAACUACCCCUAAAGCAACCCCAAUAACUACCCCUAAAGCAACCCCAAUAACUACCCCUAAAGCAACUCCAAUAACUAUCCCUAAAGCAACCCCAAUAACUACCCCUAAAGCAACCCCAAAAACUACCGCUAAAGCAACCCCAAUAACUACCCCUAAAGCAACUCCAAUAACUAUCCCUAAAGCAACCCCAAUAACUACCCGUAAAGCAACCCCAAAAACUACCGCUAAAGCAACCCCAAUAACUACCCCGAAAGCAACCCCAAUAACUACCCCGAAAGCAAUCUCAAAAACUACCCCUAAAGCAACCCCAAAAACUACCGUUAAAGCAACCCCAAUAACUAUCCCUAAAGCAACCCCAAUAACUACCCGUAAAGCAACCCCAAAAACUACCGCUAAAGCAACCCCAAUAACUACCCCUAAAGCAACCCCAAUUAUUACCCCUAAAGCAACCCCAAAAACUACCGUUAAAGCAACCCCAAUAACGACCCCAAAACAAACCCCAGAAAUAGGCAGAAAAACACUCCCCGGAAUAAACCGAAAAACAGCCUCAAUAACAGCCUUGAAGUUAAGCCCACGGCCAAUCCUAUUAAACAUUCCCAUAAAAACAAUGAGAACUACCACCGUAACAAUUCUGAAAACCAUCCCCGAAGCCCUCCAUGAAAAAGAAUCAAAACUCCCCUCAAUAUUCAGGUCUAAAACCUCCCCAGGAAUAAAAAGAAACUUGACUAUUGACAAACUGUUGACAAAGCAACAGCUCACCAAAACAACCCCAAUAACUUCCCAAAGAACAAACCUAAAAACGGACUCAGUAUCGACCACUCCAAAAACAACCGCUUUAAAAAUCACCCGAACAACCCCCCCAAAAUUCAUUCGAGAAACUAGUUCACUAACUUCCCCCAAAAUCUCCCCACUACCCACCCAAAAAUCACCCCUCAAACAAUCCCCAAACCCAGUCACAAAGUUACCUCCAAAACAGCUCCAAUAA